AUGGCCCUGAGUACGCGCUGGUGUCGCAUAGAAGCCACAGCUGCCCUGGAGCCAGAGCCCAGUGCAUCAGCUGCAGGUGUGAGGCUCCGCCUCUCUCCCUCUCCUGCCUCUCUCUCCCUCUCCGGCCUCUCUCUCCCUCUCCGGCCUCCCUCUCCGGCCUCCCUCUCCCUCUCCGGCCUCCCUCUCCGGCCUCCCUCUCCCUCUCCGGCCUCCCUCUCCCUCUCCGGCCUCCCUCUCCGGCCUCCCUCUCCGGCCCCUCUCUCCCUCUCCGGCCCCUCUCUCCCUCUCCGGCCCCUCUCUCCCUCUCCGGCCCCUCUCUCCCUCUCCGGCCUCUCUCUCCGGCCUCCCUCUCCCUCUCCGGCCUCCCUCUCCGGCCUCCCUCUCCCUCUCCGGCCUCCCUCUCCCUCUCCGGCCUCCCUCUCCCUCUCCGGCCCCUCUCUCCCUCUCCGGCCUCCCUCUCCGGCCCCUCUCUCCCUCUCCGGCCUCCCUCUCCCUCUCCGGCCCCCCUCUCCCUCUCCGGCCCCCCUCUCCCUCUCCGGCCCCUCUCUCCCUCUCCGGCCCCUCUCUCCCUCUCCGGCCCCUCUCUCCCUCUCCGGCCCCUCUCUCCCUCUCCGGCCCCUCUCUCCCUCUCCGGCCCCUCUCUCCCUCUCCGGCCCCUCUCUCCCUCUCCGGCCCCUCUCUCCCUCUCCGGCCCCUCUCUCCCUCUCCGGCCUCCCUCUCCCUCUCCGGUCUCCCUCUCCCUCUCCGGCCCCUCUCUCCCUCUCCGGCCUCCCUCUCCCUCUCCCUCUCCGGCCUCCCUCUACCUCUCCGGCCUCCCUCUCCCUCUCCGGCCUCCCUCUCCCUCUCCGGUCUCCCUCUCCCUCUCCGGCCCCUCUCUCCCUCUCCGGCCCCUCUCUCCCUCUCCGGCCCCUCUCUCCCUCUCCGGCCCCUCUCUCCCUCUCCGGCCCCUCUCUCCCUCUCCGGCCCCUCUCUCCCUCUCUGGCCUCUCUCCCUCCCUCCUCUCAGUCAGCCCUCAUUAGGAGCCCGAGCGUCCUGGUCUGUGCCGCCGCUGACAACCCGUCCGUGGCAGAAGACGCUGUGCUUAAUUACAGGAUGUCAGCGGUGGUGAUGUCACAUGUUCCUGUCAGGAGCACCGGAGCUGAUGCCAAAGCCGGAUACUGCCCCCCACCCCCCCGCAGGUCCCCCAGAGCCGGGACCAUCUGCGUCCGCCACGGAGGCUCCGGGGGAAGCAGUGAUGGGCGUGCAUUGAUCAGGACUGUCGGUGAAAAGCAGUCCAUGUACGAGGUGGCUCUGGGAGAAGGAGGCGCAGCAGGAUCCUGGGGCCCGACGUGUGCCGCGGACGGAACCGCCCUUGAGCACCGGGACCCGCGGCAAGAGGCGCUGACCGCGUGGGAAGAACACCGCUGUUCUUAA